UGCGAGUGGGGCAUUUUUCUCUGCCUCCGACUUUUUCUCCCCCUCUUUUGAAAUUCUUGCUCUGUUGGAACUAGCGAGCAGUCUAAAGACAAGGAAGUCUCGGAGUUUCAUCAGUCAUCAGCACUGUCAGGAAUAGUGUUUUUGAGAAAGAAAGGCCUGGGGCACUACACCCUGCCAACCGAGUUCCCCUGCAUCGGAGAUAAAGAUUCCAGCUACAUGGGCAAACGUUUGGAGCAACCACAAAUGUACCCUCAGUACACUUACUGCUAUCCUCAUUAUCUCCAAACCAAGCAGUCCUAUGCACCAGCUCCCCACCCCAUGGCUCCUCCCAGCCCCAGCACAAACAGCAGCAGCAACAACAGCAGCAGCAACAACAACAGCGGAGAACAGUUGAGUAAAACCAACCUGUACAUUCGAGGCCUUCCACCCGGCACCACGGACCAGGACCUAAUCAAGCUGUGUCAGCCGUAUGGAAAAAUUGUUUCCACAAAGGCAAUUCUUGACAAAAACACAAAUCAAUGCAAAGGUUACGGCUUUGUAGAUUUUGACAGUCCCGCGGCGGCACAGAAAGCGGUAGCAUCCCUCAAGGCCAAUGGAGUACAGGCACAGAUGGCCAAGCAACAAGAACAAGACCCCACAAACCUAUACAUCUCCAAUUUACCCAUUUCCAUGGACGAGCAGGAAUUGGAGAACAUGCUGAAACCCUUCGGUCAUGUCAUUUCCACCAGAAUAUUGAGAGACGCCAAUGGAGUCAGCAGAGGGGUCGGAUUUGCCAGGCAGAACAGAGGAAAAGCUGAUAGCAUUUCUGUCAUUGAUGGGGAAGAAGGGGCCCAGAGCCCAGGGUCAUAUUUUCCCUCUGCCAAGCCCCCAGAGAAGCAGAAACCUCAGAAGGAGGACGUGGACAAUGCCCAAGUGUGGGCAGCUUCAGCCGGAGCCCCUACUGAGCCUUUGCUGUGUAAAUUCGCAGAUGGAGGGCAGAAGAAGCGUCAGAAUCAAAGCAAAUACACACAAAAUGGAAGGCCAUGGCCAAGGGAAGGAGAGGCUGGCAUGGCUUUGACCUAUGAUCCCACAGCUGCUAUACAGAAUGGUUUUUACACUGGAAGUUCCCCAUAUUCACUGAAAACAGCACAAAUGCCCACAGAGAGGGCUCUGACUGCCUUUCUGGCAAGUUCCCCAACCAUCACUUUUGCAGGUGCUGUGAUAACACCAACAAUGGACCACACUAUGUCAAUGCAGCCAGCAAGCAUGAUGGGCCCCCUGACGCAACAGAUGAACCAUCUUUCCUUGGGCACGACAGGAACGCGCCCUGGGACCAAGAACCAGUCACCCCACCCUAGUUAUGGCUCUCCAUAUAUGGUAUGUGUUCAUUUCCAUAUAAAGUCCUUCCAUUUAACUGUCUCAAUUCUGGAUGGAAAAAAAAAAAAACAAGAAACUUCAGACUCCAUGAGUCAGAGCAGGCCAGAAACAGAAAACAAGGACACAGGGUGGGAUACUCUGGGUGUCAAGUCCCAUAGAACCUGUGGGAAAGAAAUCACCACCAAAUUCAGUUCUGAAGGUGUUGUUGCUGAUACCUCUCCCCAGACAGUUGCACCUUCAUCACAGGAAGCCAGUGCUCAACAACAGCAGAUAGCGGUGGAAACGUCCAAUGAACAUACGCCUGCAUAUUCCUACCAACAGUCUAAGUGA